AUGGCUACGUCCAUGGUCCGGCGCUUGUGGCCUUUGCUGACCCGUCAGGGGCUCCGGCGCCGGGGAGGCUGCGUUUGCAGCCAGAGCCCAAAAAGAAGUUUCGCUACGGAGAAACGAAACCGGAACUUGCUAUACGAGCACGCGCGCGAGGGCUACAGCGCACUCCCUCAGCUGGACAUGGGGCCGCUGUGCGCAUGCCCAGAAGAGACCGCGCGGGCCCUGGAGCUCCGCAAGGGGGAGCUGCGGCCGGCCGACCUGCCCGCGAUCAUCUCCGUGUGGCAGGAGCUGCGCCAGCUGAAGGAGCAGAUCCAGAGCCUGGAGGCAGAGAAGGCGUCUGUGACGGAGGCAGUGAGGGCCCUGCUGGUAAACCGGGACAAGGACCAAGUAGAGCAGGACCCCCAGUAUCAGGGUCUGCGGGCACAAGGCCGGGAGAUCCGGAAGCAGCUGGCGCUUCUGUACCCCAGGGAGACGCAGCUGGAGGAGCAGUUCUACCUGCAGGCACUGAAGCUGCCCAACCAGACCCACCCAGAUGUGCCACCAGGGGAUGAGAGCCAGGCCCGGGUGCUCCUCGUGGUCGGGGACAAGCCAGCUUUUUCCUUCCAACCCCGGGGCCAUCUGGAAAUCGGCGAGAACCUUGACAUCAUCCGUCAGAAGCGCUUGUCCCACGUGUCUGGACACCGUUCCUAUUACCUGCGUGGGGCUGGGGCCCUCCUGCAGCACGGCCUGGUCAGCUUUGCUCUGGACAAGCUCGUCCAUCGGGGCUUCGUCCCCAUGACAGUGCCAGACCUCCUGCGAGGAGCUGUGUUUGAAGGCUGCGGGAUGACACCAAAUGCCAGCCCAUCCCAAAUUUACAACAUCGACCCCUCCCGCUUCGAAGACCUCAACCUGGCUGGAACAGCAGAAGUGGGGCUUGCCGGCUACUUCAUGGACCACUCUGUGGCCUUCAGGGACCUGCCAGUCAGGAUGGUUUGUUCCAGUACCUGCUACCGGGCAGAGACAGACACGGGGAAGGAGCCUUGGGGACUGUACCGAGUGCACCACUUCACCAAGGUGGAAAUGUUUGGGGUGACAGGCCCCGGGCUGGAACAGAGCUCUCAGCUGCUGGAUGAGUUCCUGUCCCUUCAGGUGGAGAUCUUGACCGAGUUGGGCUUGCACUUCCGAGUCCUGGACAUGCCCACUCAGGAACUGGGCCUUCCCGCCUACCGGAAGUUUGACAUUGAGGCCUGGAUGCCUGGCCGAGGCCGCUUUGGAGAGGUCACCAGUGCCUCCAACUGCACGGACUUCCAGAGCCGUCGCCUGCACAUCAUGUUCCAGACGGAGACCGGGGGGCUGCAGUUCGCCCACACGGUGAACGCCACCGCCUGCGCUGUCCCUCGCCUCCUUAUAGCCAUCUUAGAAAGCAACCAGCAAAAGGACGGCUCAGUCCUCGUGCCCCCUGCUCUCCAGCCCUACCUGGGCACCGAUCGGAUCACGGCCCCCACCCAUGUGCCUCUCCAGUACAUCGGCCCCAACCAGCCCCAGAAGCCCAGGCUCCCUGGCCAGCUGGCUUCCAGCUGAGAGCCAUCCGUCAGCCAGUGGGCAUUCGUGCUUCCUGGGACUCCAGGGGCCCUGGACAUCUGGGACCUGCUUCCCUGAGCGGGUCCUGAGGUCUUCAUCCUGUCCACUCCAUUCAGCUCCACAGCCCCUCCUCUCCCUCAGAAUCAGUCAGUGGCCCUUUGGUCACGGAGGGCCUUGGCCUGCAGUGGGAAGCAGGGCAUCAGGGUACAGGACGUGGGGCUCCAGCCCUCCUCCCUUCCACCCUGAGAGCCUCACAAAAGGUCCCUACUGGACGGGAGACACAGUUCUGUGGGGCUGUGAGUGCAGGAAGCGCCCUGCCUGCCUUGCAGAGGUGCUGGGUCACAUCAUCAAAGGCUCAUGGUUACAGGGAAGUGGCCGGAGAUACACAUGCCAGCUGGCUGAGAGAGUGCUGGGUCCUCCCCCUUCCCAUGGACAAGCACCCUGCAAUGGCUCCCAGGCUCCCACAACCCCGCCCCAGCCCCAGCCUCCCUCCUGACCCGAAGCUCCGGUGGGAUUCACGGCAUCACAGACCCGGGAAAGCCAAAGCUGGUCCCCUGCUCCCUCCGCCCUCAGCAUACCCGCCUCAGCACUUUGGCCAGUGGCUGCGGCCACCUCCCUCAGGUUAUCCUGGCAUUUCCCUCAGUCCAUUUCCAGUUCUUUAGCAAACUGGCACCUCUACCUUCAGAAUAUUCCAGAACCUGCCCAUCAUGUUCUCCCCGCUGGCCCCUCAGCCAGUACUGUCCACUGCUGUCCCCUACUUAGAUAGUAAGAAGAGGCCCCUCACUGGCUCCCUGUGAACACCUGAGUUAGGGUGGGACCCACCCUGUGGCUCCGUCUCAGAAUAAAGGUGGUGCUCUUGGGCUCACUGCUGUCAUGUCCUUCCCUUGCAGCAGGUAUUCAUGUGAGUGUUGUCUGGCGUUCUCAAAUGUCGGCUCCAAGAGGUCUGGGUGUUCACUGACAUAGCCCCAUGGCUUAGCAGGGGCAUUAGCAUAUGGUAGGUGCUCAGCACAAGUUAUUGGAGCCAGGCAUGUGGUACAUGUCUGUAAUCCCAGCACUCAAGAGCUGGAGACAGGAAGAUCUUGAGUUCCAGGCCAGCCUGGGCUACUUAUGAAACCCUGUCUCAAAAAAACAAGGAAUAGGGCUGUACCUCAGUAGUAGAGUGCUCACCUAGCAUAUGCAAAGCUCUGAUUCAGUCCCCUGCAAAAAGAAAAAAAUUUACUGGAGCCAGGCCUGGUGGUACACACCUGUAAUCCCAGUACUUGGGAGGCUGAGACAGGAAGAUUGAAAUGUGAGGCCAGCCUGGGCUACCUCGUGAGCCCGUCUCAAAACAACCACAAAGUCAGUAGAAUGGUGCUGCAGGCCUGUGCAGUUCCCAGCGCUGGGCACUGCUGUAAGCGCCAUCCUUGCUAUUUCAUCUGCAUCAAACCUGUCUUAUUAGUGCAGAAACUAUCUUAAGAGAAAUUAAAGCCAGGCACCGGUGGCUCACACCUGUCAUCCUAGCUACUCAGGAGGCAAAGAUCAGGAGGAUCAUGG